AUGGCCACAGACAACCUCCCGCCGUCGCUCGAGCAGGCCCGGAUACCGCACCUCCCGUCGACGGCCUACUACAUUCCCGAUUUCAUCAGCGAAGAUGAGGAACGCUUUAUUCUCGGCAAAAUUGCCUCCGCGCCGAAGCCCAGGUGGAAGCAGCUCACGCACCGUAGGCUCCAGACAUGGCCCUCGGACCUCGUGCGCGAUACCCUCAUCGAUGCACCGCUGCCGCCGUGGCUACAAGAGCCCGUCACAACGCGCCUGCGCUCUCUCCCGCUAUCUGAAGGUAGCCCCGGACACGUCUUUGAGCGCAGCCCCCAUGGGUCCCCAAACCACGUGCUCAUAAAUGAAUACCCCCCGGGUGAUGGCUCCGCGUACUGGCCCGUCGUGUGUACCGUCAGCCUUGGCGCCAGUCUAUGCCUGAACCUGUAUCGCAGCAAGGACGACGGGGCUCUCGACCCGAACCCCGCGUGGAGAAUCCUCCAGGAACCUCGUAGCCUUCUCAUCACCACCGACAGCCUCUACACGGAUUACCUCCACGGCAUCGACGACAUCGAGGAGGACGCCGACCUGUCUCCGGAGGGUGGGGUGGUCAACUGGCCCUUGCUCCGCGACCCUGAGGCAUUCGCCAGCGGCCGUAAUUCUCGCGAAACACGUACAAGCUUGACGUAUCGAGACGUAUUAAAGGUGUCCAAAGUCGGGAACCGACUCGCCGCGCUGUGCAGGAGAUGA